AUAUGAUGAAGUCAGACUCACACAUGCUGAGCAACUGAGUUCAGUGACCCUACAGUCUAGUUUAGGAGCUUAUUUAAUCAGCAAAAUAGUGAGAAUGAAUCCAAAAUGAUCAACUUUUCUAUGAAAAACAAAGAUGAAAGAAAUUGAGUUACUUUAUCAAUCAAAUGUAAUUGAAUUUCUCACUCGUUUAGGAUUUAGUUUAACUCUCUGCUGCAUGUGCUCACAUGUUUAAAUGACUGUAAUCUGAUAGAAAAGUGACCCUUUCCUUUUCUGUUACAAAGUAUCCACCACCUGCUGGUUGCUCCGUGUUUUCCCGUGACAGAAGUUUCUAGGUUACGGAGAAGAUGUCGCAAUGAUACGUUUCCUCGCCGUUAAUCUGCGAUUGCUCAGGGUCUGGGAUUGGGCCUUGACCUUCAGGUGCUGCGGGUUAAUCCCGUUAGCCCCGCGGGCAUCCGCUGUGAAGAUCUCAGCAGAUCUGUGCCGGCUGUGCCACACUCUAGAUCUCUGUACCACCGGCAUGCAGAACCACCUGUAGGCACGCAGGAUGUUUAACUGGGUGGUGAAAGUGGUUCCCCAGCCCCCUGAUGCUGUUGGGACAGACGAUGCUGCCAAGACCCCUGAUGCUCCAACCAAAAAUACAGAGGCUGCAGUGAAGACACCCACACUGAAAAAUGCAGAUGAGGUUUCAGAGGACGGCCAAGCGCAGACUGGAGUAUUAGGCUGGUUGUCUAAUGGGUUCGUCAGCGCGCUCCCACAGCCUGCGGGCACCCCCCGACUCAGCAGAGCCAACUCUGAAGCCAAGUCCGGAGAAGAUGGAGACAGGUCUGGAGUGAUCAACUGGGUCACUCAGGGUCUGACCAAAGUGCUGCCUCAGCCUGACGACAAGUACAGAGAGACUGAGAAGGACGAGGAACACACGGAGGUGUAUGACGUAGCCACGAUGCCAGAUUUCGACCCACUUCCCCACAUCCCUGUGGUGGAGAUGGUGUCAGACGACGAGGUGUCGGACACAGAGAGUUUGACACCUCACUUUCCUCCCAAUGUGGUGACCUGGAUAAAGCAGAUAGUUCCUCAGCCGGUCAUACUGCCCCCUGGUGCUGUGCCCGUGGAACCGUCAACCAAGUCCUCCCGCACGUCUCUGGAUAAAAUGCUUCAUGUUGUUUGCUCCACAGUUCUGUCUCCACCGCCUGAAUCGCUCAGUGGAAUCUCACUGGAUACUGAAAGCAAGGCCUCUGGUGUGGUGAACUGGUUUGUGUCAGGGCUGGGUCUGAAGAUGCCUCAGCCUGUUUCUCCAUCCAAGGAUGAAGCUCAUACCGUACCUGAAGUCAUUCAGAAAGCAUCAGCCAAACUCAAACCAGACAUGGUGCUGGAAGACGUAGAGUCAGACAACGAGGGGCAGCAGAAACGUGCAGAUCCUCCCAAAGCUCAAGCUCCAUCUGCAUCCCUGGUUCCACCAUCACCCGCAACCCAGCAGCAACAGGAAGUGACACAAUCCUCACAGUCGCUUUCAGUGGAGUCACAGAAAUGCAGCGACGCCCCUCCGGAGCCACAGCCAUCAGAGAGUGCCACAAAAGUAUCUCUGGAAGAUGCAGAGACCCAGACAGGCCGCUGGACGCCGUUUAUUGAAAACAUCAAGAAGGAGGCUGAAGGGGUGGCGUUGGCUACCAUGGAGGAGCGUCUGCUUCAGGAGAGGAUGGAGAUGGCCCGGAUGGCUGAAGAGGUUGCCAGGCAGACAGCUGAGAUGGCUAUUAGACAGAUGGCCAGUGAGGGACAGUCCAUCAAGCUCUCACUGGGGAGUCAAGAACUGCUGGAGGAGCCUGAAGCUGAGCUGCCGGUGCCGCUAGAAGAGGAGAGCGAGGUGGAGAUCAGCAAAGCCCCAGAGUAAGAAUUCAAAUAAGAGCUUCCUGGUUGUUAACGUCGUUGUAGGACUUUGUGUGUGUCACUGUGCAUAUCAUAGUAGUCUUGUGCUGUGCAUAGCAGAUGUGCAUAAAUGCUGAUGUUGUUGCUACCGUUCCCCUGAUUGAUCCAGCAGCUUGUUGAAAAAUAAGUAGCAAUGCCCAAUAUAAUAUGCAGGUUACAGUCAGUACUUUUUUAGGUUAUUUAAUAGGAAGAAAAUGAUGUUGUACUCGUACAUACACAUAGAAUAGUGUGUAACUGCAUCUUCCAACAAAGUCAUGCAUUUUCAUAAACUUUAUUACUUUCUAUACCUUUGGGCAGUUUAAUGUGUGGAAGUCUGCAGGCCUGUGUUACAAUCAGUUUCUAGCAAAGUGAAUUUUAUGUCCUUUUAUUUAUCCUGGUAAAAAGUGAUCUUGACAUUAAAAAUGUGGUUUUUAA